AUGAUCGGACUAUAUUUCUGGAAAACAUCCUUAAGUAUAGUGCCCUUGAUCAAAAUCCCCAUGGAAAAGUCUUUAGUAUAUACAUUCUACAUUUCCAUCCAGGGAGAGUCCAUCGGUGCUCCACAUCUUGUUCUUGUGCUUCAAAAUCUGCUUUGGGGACAUCUCACUUAUACGACAUCCGGUGGAUCAGCACAACACCGAGAUGAAGGACGACUAAGCAUCAAAAAAAGAAGUUGGCGCAAUGCCUUGAAACCUUCGGCCUCGUACUCAGAAUCCUGGACACCACCAGAGCUCAGUCAGGGCCCCGAAGGUCACCCCGUUGGCUUGAACCUCGUUAUAUACAAAAUAAGAACAAGAUAA